GAUUACAACGUACAUCUUCUUAUUAAUGAUCACACUCUGUUGACACUACAUGAGUAGUAUGGAAACCUCUUUGGUAGAGAAGGUGUUUCUCUUCGGCCUUAACGUUGCCGGUUGGUUGUGGGGUAUUGUGAGCUUUUUACCGUGGUAUUAUUUUGUCGGUAGAAAGCAGUAUCGACCCAAACAUAAUGUACAAGCUUUACCAGUUAAAGAUUGUCCCGGUGGACCAUAUCGAUGUGUAGAACAUCUCAGCUCUUUGAAGACUUCUCUCUACGAUGGUGUCACAACUUUGGAUCAGAUGUUCAAGCGAGCUGUAAACUUAUAUCCAUACAGAAAAUGUCUUGGAACACGAGAAAUAAUCAAGGAAGAAGAUGAGAUGCAACCAAAUGGACGUCUGUUCAAGAAACUUGUGUGUGGUGAAUACAGCUGGCUGACUUAUGCUGAAGUUGAUGUCAGAGCUAGAGCAUUUGGAAAAGGAUUGGCUGCUCUAGGGCAGCAAGUCAGGGAAAAUAUUGUGAUAUUUUCUGAAACAAAGGCUGACUGGAUGAUUGCUGCACAGGGAUGCUUUGCUCAAAAUUUUCCACUUGUUACAGUUUAUGCCACACUUGGGGACGAAGCUCUCAUCCAUGGCAUCAACGAAACAGACGUAAGAUUUAUCAUCACGGAUGCUUCUCUGCUUCACAAGCUCUCGGCUCUCAUUGAUAGGCUACCCAAAGUUGAGCACAUUGUGUACCUUGGAAAUGUUGUAAAGAAAUCUGCCCUUCUAGGUUUUUCCAGGAGAGUAAAGGUCCACUCCAUGCAUGAAGUGGAAGAGAUUGGAGAGUCACAAGAUGACACGUCCAUGAUCAGGAAAGGUCCGAGCCCUAGUGAUGUUGCAGUUAUAAUGUACACAAGUGGUUCAACAGGACUUCCUAAAGGUGUCAUCAUUCCUCACAGUGCACUAAUGGCUGCUAUUGCUGGUGUUAUUGGUAGAGUGCAGCCAUCUUUGAGUGAAAAAGAUAUCUAUGUUGGUUAUCUUCCAUUAGCACAUGUCCUAGAACUACUGGCAGAAAAUGCAGUACUUGCUCAUGGGGCCUCUAUAGGAUAUUCCACUACCCUCACUCUUUCUGAUCAGUCAUCUAAAAUCAAGAAAGGAACAAAAGGAGAUUUAUCAGUUCUUAGACCAACUGUAAUGGCUGCAGUUCCAACAGUCAUGGAUAGGAUAAGGCAAAAUGUCAUGGAGAAGGUCAAAGAGGGUCCUCGUCUUCUGCAGCUGUUUUUCUCAUUUGCUUACAGCUACAAGUUGAAGCAGCUUAAACUUGGCUAUGAUACACCUAUUCUUAACAGAUUCUUUUUCUCUAAGAUGCGAAAUCUACUAGGGGGUCGUGUGCGCCAGAUCAUUAGUGGUGGAGCCCCUUUGUCCGAGGACACCGAGUUCUUUAUGAAUGUGUGCUUCUGUUGUCCUGUUGGUCAGGGGUAUGGUCUCACUGAGGUGUGUGGAGCAGGAACUGUUUGCAAUGCAUGGGACAAGACGACUGGUCGUGUUGGGCCUCCUGUGUCUUCAGCCCAAAUCAAGCUUGUUAACUGGGAGGAAGGUAAUUACAACGUCACGGAUAAACCUUACCCCAGAGGAGAGAUUGUUAUUGGCGGUCCAGUUGUGAACCGUGGCUACUUCAAAAAUCCAACGAAAACGGCUGAAGACUUCAAAGAAGACAGAGACGGUAUGCGAUGGUUCCAUACUGGUGAUAUCGGAGAGUUCCAUCCUGAUGGAUGUCUGAAAAUCAUAGAUCGCAAGAAAGAUCUUGUAAAGCUGCAGAUUGGAGAGUACGUGUCUCUUGGCAAAGUAGAAGCAGCACUUGCGCAAAGUCAGUAUGUGGAAGCUUUGUGUGUGUAUGCAGAGAGCUGUCAAACCUUUGUGGUGUGCUUGGUGGUGCCACGCCCUAAACAGCUCAAGGCCCUAGCAGUAUCGCUCGGCGUGCAUACUGAUGACAUGGCUGAACAGUGCAGAAAUAGAGCCAUCCAGGAUGCAGUCCUCAACGAUCUGCAGGCUCUCGGCAAAGCUUUGCGUCUUGAGAAGUUCGAGAUCCCUCAGCGGUUGACCCUUGUCACGGAACAGUGGACGCCUGACACCGUUUUUGUUACCGCUGCCAUGAAGCUCAGACGGAAACAAAUCACAUCGUACUACAGGCAGACACUGGAUGCGAUGUACAGCAAUUGAACGAGGUCUUGAAGCUUCUCGGUAGAACUCCUGGCAACCGGCGAGAAAUCUAUUCUAUGUUCUCAAGAGGGAAAACGGUCACUAUUAAUUUCUUUGCUUUCAAAUGACUGGAUCGUCCUGUUACCGAAAAUCUAUUCUUCAUUUUACCGAUUGGUUGAUUCCAUUCUCGAAAAAAAAUUCAGAAACCUUGAAAAGAUUUUGCGAGCCAUUUCAUAUCGAUGACGGCAGAAUGCAGCAGUUCGAUAUUGCUGGUAUUGCCUGAUUGAAAAGAAAACAAAUCAGAGAUAUUUUAUCCCGGGACAGUUACUGCUCAAAAUGUCGUUUUUCUUUUUAACAUAAGAGCUUUUAAUCGGAGAAGAUAUUUGUGUGCUUAAUAAUUUUACGUGCAUCUUGUCAGGAAUCUGAUAAAAACCAAGUUUGGUUAUUGGUGUGCAUGGAACUGGUUUCUGUGACUGUGCAUAUUCUGUUGGCUUACUCAAAUACUGGCAAGGACGUUCUCGCAAAUAAAACAAUUAUCGGAA